AUGGCGUCCUCCAGCACAGGAUGGUGCUCCUCUCCACCCCUCUAUCAACCCCUCAACAAGGAUAAACGAGAGAUACGUCUUCUUGAGAUCCUUCCCAUCACUCCUGACGGCAAGGUCAAUUGCAAACUCCACACCGUCCUCCUUACACCUGAUCUUUACUACACCUGCAUCUCUUACGUCUGGGGCGACCCCAACAUCACGGAAGAUAUCGUCGUUGAUGGUGUUACUCGACAAGUAACCGUCAAUCUUGCUACUGCACUUCGACAUCUGAAGCAACACUGGAUUGAUAUUGAACGAAAGUCAGACCCUGAACUCGACACUUCCAAGUUCCGCUUGUGGGUCGAUGCACUCUGUAUCAACCAAAAGGAUCUUACCGAAAGACUACACCAAGUUGGCAUGAUGUCGGACAUCUACUCUUCGGCAGCAAUGGUUCUGACCUGGAUUACUGCAAAUGGCAAGGUUGUCCAAAAGGCGUUUAAGGCUUUCGAAAAGAUAGUUCGAAUCGCCGAAGAAAACGUAGACAGUGAGAGUUGGGAUAGCGCAUUACCGUCUAAGUUUACAGGUCUUACAGAAAUGGAACUGUCCAAGAUUUGCGACAGCCUACCCCCCUGGAAUCUUAGCGAGUUAUCAUGGCUCUGUCCAAGGGUCUCUACUGGUGUUGAUUUACGAAACCUCAACAACCUCCAUGAUGGACCUUAUGGGGCCGUAUAUAAAUUCUUCAAACUCAACUUUUGGAACAGAGUGUGGAUCUAUCAGGAGGUCAUUCUUGCAAGGAGGCUGUACUAUGUGUCCCGAACUCGCUGCAUAGAGCAUUCGUCAUGUCUCGUGGCAUUGAAAGGACUAAUGGCCUACACGCGACUCUUGAAAGAAAAUAACCGAGGGUCGAAGCAGCAGCACAAUAUCAAUAUGUUGCAGGCCGUUUUAAUCAAGUUCUGGCAUCUCUCAAAGAUGCGCUUUUUGCUUCGAGGAACCAUCGAUGGCGAUAAAGACCCAGACUUUAGUUUGUGGCAUCUGGACUUAUACUUCUCUCCAGAUCUCGAGACCUCCAAUAAGUUAGAUUUUAUCUAUGGUCUCUUGGGUGUGACAAAAUCGCCUAUCAUCCCUGACUAUACCAAGAGCAUUCGAGAGGUAACACUGGAGUUCAUGGCGUGGAUUUUGCCUGCCUGGAAAGCUGCCGAAGGGAGGAAAAGAAAGAACGAUCGCCAAAUCUUUGACUUCCUGAGCUUCCUGAACACUCAUGCUGCUGGCCUCAAGCGCGUUGACCAUCUACCAAGCUGGGCACCGGUAUUUCCAAAGGCCGAAAGACGAAGGCCGAUUGUGAGGGACCCUACAGAGCGCCGUUCAGCAUUCAGAACAGUCCCUGAGCUGUCAAAAGGGCUUCCCAUAGCUGUCAUCAACGAUAGCCUAUGGAUCAAAGGCAUCAAGGUCCAGGUUGUCAAGACUGUUUACCCCAAGCCUGUGUCAGGCCAUCUCCUGACAGACGGACUGCAAGAAUGCAUCAUGUCACUUACACAGUCACCACAGGAUAGGUAUCCCAACAGUGAAAAAAGUGUCUUGGAGGUCCUGUGCUGCACUUUGCUCCGAAAAGAGUCAUAUGAGAACUGUGCUUUUGACGCAGGCUUGUGCGUAGGGUUCUGGCUGUUUCAGAGUGGCAACAUAGCUGACACCGACAAAUUGAAGAGGCAAUGGUGUCAAAAGCCCUACGUAAACACGGUGAUAUACAACUGGAGUCAGAAGGGGCAAGCUUUCCAAGGCUGCAAGUUAUUCACAACCAAUGAUGGAUAUAUCGGCACGAUGCCAGAUGAUGUGAAGCUUGGAGAUGUGGUCUGUGUCCUUGCAGGCUCUAACGAGCUGGCAGUACUCCGUCCUAAGGAUGACCACUACCUGUUUGUUGGAUGUUGCUUUAUGAUAGGUCUGAUGAGUGGCGAGGUCUCAGAAUUGCUGGCUUCAGGAACAGUCAAAAUUGAGACCAUUGAGAUCCGAUGA